AUGAGUGAUGAAAACACGGUUUCCGAGCUCGCUGACUUUAUUCUUCGGUAUCUGCAAGAGCAGACUGCCGGUGCACCAACGGCAGCCGCUGUGCCACAGUCAGUCCUGCUGAACGCUGCUCGUCUCCAGUGGAGCAGCCAUUUUCGAGGACCUGGAGGGUCAGACGCAACUGUCGUUGGACGUCAGUCAGCGUCUGCGCUUGAAGAGCAAAUCGCAACCGCUCUAAACGCGCUGCUCAGGGCGGGCGAAGUGCAGCUGGUACGCAGGCAACGCGGCUCUGGGGAGCUCAUGGUGCAACUCGCCCGAGCGCAACGGAAGCGGCUGGCGGGCCUCACAAACACCGAACGUGCCGUCUAUGAACAGAUCCGAGCGGCUGGCGAACACGGCAUCUGGGUUCGACACAUCCGGGGACGUCUCGGCUUGCCACUAGCGGAUGUGAAUCGAACCCUCAAAGAGCUCCAGCGACGUGAGCUGGUGAAGCAGGUACAAAGUAUUCGUAAUAAGACGCGUAAGCUGUACAUGUUGGCUGAGCUUGAACCCUCUCGCGAGGUCACCGGCGGGCCCUUCUAUGAUGAGGAAGGCACCUUUGACCACGAGUUCAUUCACCGGCUGCGGGAGCUCGUAUGGCGACGGCUUCUGCAUACACCCUGGACAAGCGCGCUUGAGCUGACGCAAUUUCUGAACCAGAGCAAUGUGUUGCGCUUCAGUCUCGAAGUUGCUGAUCUGGAACAAGUCCUCCAAACCAUGUGCUGGGAUCUGAUGCUCUGUCGAGCAACCGAGGCGAGUGCGAUGGUCCGUCAAGUCCGCAGCGCUCGCGGCGAUGUGACGCAGCAUCAGCAGCAGUUGCAGUCCAGAAGCGUGCAAAAGCCAUCCAGAGAACGAUGUAGUACUUUGGCUAAGCGCACCUUCUUUUACGCGUGCCUGCAUGGACGUGACGGGCUCGCAUCUGUGCCCGAUGCCUACGUGCCGCCGGAGAGGCUCGGCUUUGGCAAUGUGCUCAGUCAAGUGCCGUGUUCCAAGUGCCCAGUGCGAGAUAAGUGCUCGCAACAAAAUCCCCAGGUCAAUGCGCGUCUAUGCCCGUACAUGGAAGCAUGGUCGCGAUCCAUGUGUACCUGA